AUGUUCCUCAGUGAUGCUUGGCGCUGCAGGAAGCUUCAAGACCUGCCACCCGGCGACCCACCCUCUUCCCCCAUGCUGCCCAUCUCACAAUCUGACAAGUUGGAGAAAAAGCCCAAGCCCAAGCGUCAAUGUUACCUUUAUGAGCAGGAAAUCUCGCUGAUGCUACGCGAAGCCAAUAUGCUGUACAUUGGGACAGGCUUGAUGGGAUUUGCUUACGAGUACAUCCGUUCGAUCCAGGCCGAGAAGUGCAAUCCCCCAAAAGAGUGUUACAUGGAUGUAAACAGCUUUCACUUCGUACACAGCAUGCUAUCCGACCCAAGGGAUAAGACAGGACCGGUGUUCCUUCUCGAGGAGGAGAUUGUUGGCGGGUUCGUCAGUGGCGGUAAAGUGGGAAGCGUACCGCAAAUUCUAGCACACAUCUCAGCCCCAAAUAAGUCCAAAAUCACUUUCGUCACUUUCGGCUACAGGUGGAGUGGCAGCGGCGAGCUGACGGUGAAACAGUGCUGGGAGGUGACCAGCUGGAGGUUUUUAUGGUAUCCAAAUUCACCACAAAUCUUAGAAUAA